CUCCCAGCCUCCCGCCCCGCCCCGUGCGGUCGCCGCCCCGCCUCCCUCUCCUGCCCGCCUGCUUAGCUGCGGGGUGACACGGGGCUUCGCUGGGGAAGGGGGGGGCAGGGAAGCAGAUUAGACGGCCUGGCGGCGGCGGCAACACGACCCCCCAAUAUUUAUGUAAUUGCCCAAAGACCACUGAUGAAUAUAUGUUGGAAUAACUGCUGAAACUGAAUCUUAUUAACCAGAAAGCAGACCGUCCUUUGUUUCACUUCUUUUUGUUUUCCCUACUGCUUUGAGUUUUAUUGUAACAGCUGAAAAACUUGGAAAAUAAAAUGAACAUACUGUGGUCUUGAACACAAUUUUUUUUUUUGAGGAAAAAUUAAAGUGCCAGAGUGAAAGCCAGAAUGGCAUCCAGAGAGAGACUCUUCGAACUUUGGAUGCUUUAUUGUGCGAAGAAAGAUCCAGAUUAUCUGAAGCUGUGGUUGGACAAUUUUGUUUCUAGCUACGAACAAUUCUUAGAUGUUGACUUUGAAAAGCUUCCUACCAGGGUAGAUGAUGUGCCUCCAGGAAUAUCUCUGCUUCCUGAUAAUAUUCUGCAGGUUCUGAGGAGCCAGCUUCUACAGUGUGUUCAGAAAAUGGCAGAUGGGUUAGAGGAAGAACAACAAGCCUUGUCAAUUUUGCUUGUCAAGUUCUUCAUUAUUCUUUGCAGAAAUCUAUCUAAUGUAGAAGAAAUUGGGACCUGCUCAUACAUCAAUCAUGUCAUCACUAUGACAACACUCUAUAUUCAGCAAUUAAAAAGCAAAAAAAAAGAGAAGGAAUUGGCAGAUCAGACAUCUAUUGAAGAAUUUGUGAUCCAUGCAUUGGCAUUUUGUGAAAGUUUAUAUGACCCAUAUCGGAAUUGGAGGCAUAGAAUUUCAGGACGAAUCCUUAGUACUGUGGAAAAGAGCAGACAGAAAUAUAAGCCAGCUUCUCUCACAGUGGAGUUUGUCCCUUUCUUUUAUCAGUGUUUUCAAGAAAGUGAACAUCUCAAGGAAAGUCUUAAGUGUUGCUUAUUGCAUCUCUUUGGAGCCAUUGUAGCCGGCGGGCAGAAGAAUGCUUUGCAGGCAAUUUCUCCAGCCACCAUGGAAGUUCUUAUGAGAGUUUUGGCCGAUUGUGAUUCUUGGGAGGAUGGAAAUCCUGAAGAAGUGGGUAGGAAGGUAGAACUUACUCUGAAGUGCCUUACAGAAGUGGUACAUAUCCUUCUUACCAGUAGCUCUGAUCAGCGUCAAGUGGAAACCAGCUCUAUCUUGGAGAACUAUUUUAAAUUGCUAAAUUCAGAUCAUUCAGCUUUACCUAAUCAAAGGAGGUCCAGACAGUGGGAAAGCCGGUUCAUAGCACUACAGAUCAAAAUGCUGAAUACCAUCACAGCCAUGUUAGACUGCACAGAUAGGCCUGUUCUUCAGGCCAUUUUUCUUAACAGUAAUUGCUUUGAACAUCUCAUACGAUUGCUACAGAACUGCAAGCUAUUUUUAAAUGCUAACAAUAAGGUGGCAGACAAGAACGAGAAAGACCUUGCCAACAAAUUACUGACAGAAAUGAAUGAGGACCAGGUGUUUCAGGGACAGUUGGAUUGUUUGGCUGUGUCAGCAAUUCAGGCUUUGACAGCAGUAAUGAACAAAUCUCCAGCUGCUAAGGAAGUAUUUAAAGAAAGAAUAGGUUAUACGCAUAUGUUUGAAGUAUUAAAAUCCCUGGGUCAGCCACCACUGGAAUUGCUUAAAGAACUUAUGAAUAUGGCUGUAGAGGGUGACCACACUUCAGUUGGGAUUUUGGGCAUUAGUAAUGUCCAGCCUCUCUUGCUUCUUAUCCAGUGGCUUCCAGAGAUAGAAUCCCAUGACCUACAAAUCUUCAUCUCUGAUUGGCUGAAAAGAAUUUGUUGUAUUAAUAGGCAGAGUCGAACAACUUGUGUCAAUGCAAACAUGGGAAUUAGAAUCAUUGAAACUCUUGAUUCCCAUUCUUCCCUCCAUCGAACUUGUGCUGAGAACUUGAUUGCACUCCAUGGUUCCUUGGGGAGUCAAUCAGUGAGCUCAGAAGAAAUCCGUCAACUACUGAGAUUGCUGAGAGUGGAUGAACCUGAGUAUAUUCACCCUUAUAUCACUCCUGUAACUCGAGCAAUCCUGACAAUGGCCCGAAAACAAAGUCUAGAGAGUGCACUACAAUAUUUUAAUUUGUCACAUAGUAUGGCAGGAAUUUCUGUGCCUUCCAUACAGAAAUGGCCAGGAUCUGCCUUUUCUUUCAAUGCAUGGUUUUGCUUGGAUCAGGAUCAGUUGACUCUUGGCAGUGCUAACAAAGGAGGAAAAAGAAAACAAUUGUACAGCUUUUUCACAGGAAGUGGCAUGGGUUUUGAAGCUUUUAUUACCCAUUCAGGUACGUUGGUUGUGGCAGUGUGCACGAAAAGAGAAUAUGCAACAGUUAUGCUUCCUGACCACAGUUUCUGUGAUUCCCUCUGGCACAACAUAACCAUUGUUCACAUGCCUGGGAAAAGGCCCUUUGGUCAGAGCCUUGUCUAUAUCUAUGACAAUGGACAGCAGAAGGUCUAUGCCCCUCUUAGAUUUCCUGCCAUGAAUGAACCUUUUAUUUCUUGCUGCAUUGGUUCAGCUGGGCAAAGAACCACCACUCCUCCACCAUCUCAAAUCCCAGACCCACCUUUUUCUUCUCCCAUUACUCCUCAUCGGACCUCAUUUGGUGGAAUUUUGUCAUCAGCCUCCUGGGGAGGAACAGUUGAAAAAUCAAAAUUGAUUACCAAAUUGAUAUCAGCUGGAACCCAAGACAGUGAAUGGGGCUGUCCCACAUCUCUGGAGGGUCAGCUAGGGUCUGUUAUCAUCUUCUCUGAAGCACUCCAGCCUCCUCAGGUGAAGGCAUUAUACCUAGCAGGUCCAAACUGUUUAAGCCCUUGGAAAUUUCAAGAGUCUGACAUGGCCGACCUGCCUGCUAACGUCCUUCUUCACUACACUGCAAAGGCCUGCAAAAAUUCAAUCUGUCUUGAUUUAUCUACUAAUUGUUUGCAUGGAAGAUUAACAGGAAACAAAGUAGUAAACUGGGACAUUAAGGACAUCAUAAACUGUAUAGGUGGAUUAAAUGUACUCUUUCCUCUAAUGGAACAAAUUCCAUUGUUGGAAUUUGGUGAAGGACAGAUUCCUGAAGGACCACGCGAAAACACAGUUUCUGAAUUGAUAACACCUGUAGAAGGAGAUUGGGUGGUAUUGACCUCCACAAAGGCAUCAGAGUCAAGACUAGAGAGAAAUUUAAUUGCAACAUUUAUCUUGAUUGUGAAACACUUUAUUCAAAGACAUCCUAUUAACCAGGACAAUCUUAUUCACUCCCAUGGAGUUGCCGUUCUUGGUGCCUUACUUCAGAAGGUGCCAAGCACCUUGAUGGAUGUUAAUGUAUUGAUGGCAAUUCAGUUACUCAUUGAACAGGUGUCACUAGAGAAAAAUAUGCAGCUUCUGCAACAAAUGUAUCAGUAUUUACUCUUUGACUUCCGUAUUUGGAACCGUGGAGAUUUUCCCUUUCGAAUUGGUCACAUACAGUAUCUUUCCACCAUCAUCAAAGAUAGCAGGAGAGUUUUCCGAAAGAAGUAUGGCGUGCAGUUUCUCCUAGAUACACUUAGGAUUUAUUAUGGGAGUGAUUGUAAAUAUAAUGAGCUGUCUCUAGAUGAUAUUCGAACAAUAAGGACUUCUUUGUAUGGACUGAUUAAAUAUUUUCUGUGCAAAGGUGGAACUCAUGAAGAGAUACAAAGUAUUGUGGGUUACAUUGCUGCUAUCAGUGAAGAAGAACAGCUUAUUGGAAUUUUGGACAUACUCUUCAGUCUCCUACAUACCAGCCCAACUAGAGGUCAGCUUUUCUUACUGCUGUUUGAACCAGGAAAUGCUGACAUACUUUAUGCCUUGCUCUUAAAUCAGAAGUACUCUGACAGACUAAGAGAAAUCAUUUUUAAGGUUAUGGAACAGAUGUUGAAAUGCACAAAUGUUUAUGAACGAAGUAAACAACGUAUCCGACUCAGAGAAGUUGGCUACUCAGGAUUGGGGCUCCUUCUUAAUGAAGCACCUGUUAAUACUUCUCUCAUUAAAAGCCUCACCAAUCAAAUCAUAAAUACAGAUCCUGCUAUUAAUUUCAAAGAUCUGUUAUCUGUGGUAUAUAUAUCUCACAGAGCAUGUGUAAAUGUCAGAGUGGUCAUCUGCAGAAAGAUUUUACAGACCUUACAGUCUCAGCCAGAUGCAGCACAUCAAAUAUCUCAACAAGUGGGCUGGCAAGACACUUUAGUUAGGCUUUUUUUAAAAGCAAAUUUCGAAAAUGGAAAUACUCCUCAUAAGCACAUUAGGACUAUUUUAAUGAAAGACAGUGAUAAAAAUAUAGCAACUGAAGAUAUCAAGAGGAGCUUUGAUGAAAAGACAGAUGAGGAAAAAAUCAGCUCUUUUGCCUCAGCUCAUGUGUCCUCAGAUCAGUGGAGUUUGGAGGAUAGACAUUCUCUAGACUCUAACACACCAUUAUUUCAAGAAGAUAGCUCUGUGGGAGAAUUGUCCUUCAAAUCAGAGAAUCAAGAAGAGUUCUGGCACAGUAACCCUUCACAUUUGAGUUUAGAUCUCAGUGGCAUUGAUUCCUAUGAACUGAGUGAUAGUGGAAGUCAAAUGCCAGACAGCCUGCCUAGCACGCCAUCCCCAAUAGAGUCCGCCAAAUCAUUUUCUGUGCAGUCCAACAAAGAAAGCAGCGUCACAAAUGAUAUGGGCUUUAGUGAUGACUUCACUUUACUUGAAAGCCAAGAGAGAUGUGAAGAGGAGCUUCUUCAAUUACUGACAACUAUUUUGAAUUAUGUAAUGUGCAAGGGACUAGAAAAGUCUGAUGAUGAUACUUGGAUUGAACGGGGACAGGUGUUUUCGGCACUGACUAAACCUGGAAUAUCCAGUGAGCUACUUCAUCCUCCAGAUGAAAUAAAACUAAUUUUGCUACAGAAGAUGUUAGAAUGGGCAGUCACAGAAAACAGAGAAGCAAAAAUUAAUCCAGUAACUGCUGAAAAUGCUUUGCGACUCAUGCUGAUUAUACAGGACUUUCUGCAGUCAGAGGGACUAGUUAAUUCAAACAUGUGGACUGAGAAGCUUUUAGAGGAUAUGAUGCUGCUCUUUGACAGUCUGUCAGUUUGGUAUUCUGAAAGUCCAGUUUGGGUGAAACUCUCUCAGAUUCAGAUCCAGUUGCUUCUAGGAUUCAUUGGAAGGGGUAAUUUGCAGGUUUGUGCAAUGGCAUCAGCUAAGCUAAACACCCUUCUUCAGACAAAAGUGAUUGAGAAUCAGGAUGAAGCAUGCUACAUUUUAGGGAAGCUGGAACAUGUUCUAAGACAGUCAAUCAAGGAACAGACUGAAAUAUACUCAUUUCUGAUUCCCCUGGUCCGUACCCUGGUUUCCAAAAUUUAUGAGCUUCUCUUCAUGAACUUGCACCUGCCUUCUUUACCUUUUGCCAAUGGUAGCUCUUCAUUUUUUGAAGAUUUUCAAGAAUAUUGCAGUUCAAAUGAAUGGCAAGUUUACAUUGAAAAAUAUAUUGUACCAUAUAUGAAGCAGUAUGAAACCCAUACAUUUUAUGAUGGUCAUGAGAGCAUGGCACUUUAUUGGAAAGAUUGUUAUGAAGCCUUAAUGGUGAAUAUGCAUAAACGAGAUCGGGAAGGAGGAGAAAGCAAGCUCAAGUUUCAGGAGUUUUUUGUGGAGCCAUUUAAUCGAAAAGCACGCCAAGAGAACUUGAGGUAUAAUAAUAUGCUUAAACAACUUAGCAGUCAACAGUUAGCCACUCUGAGGCGCUGGAAGGCAAUAAAGCUCUAUCUUACCUGUGAAAGGGGACCUUGGGCUGAAAGGAAGCAAAAACCAAUCCACUGGAAACUGGCUAACGUAGAAAAUUAUUCCCGUAUGAGACUUAAAUUGGUGCCAAAUUAUAACUUCAAAACCCACGAUGAAGCGAGUGCUUUGAGAGAUAAUCUAGGUAUCCAACACUCACAGCCUUCCAGUGAUUCAUUGCUUUUGGAAGUAGUGAAACAAGUCAAAGUUAGUGAUAUGGACGAGGAUAAAUUAGAUCUUCCAGAAGAAGAAAUAACAACCAGAGUAAAUAUUGAUGAGAAGGAAGAACAAGAUCAAAAAGAAAAAUUGGUGUUGUCAGAGGACUGCGAACUCAUUACAAUAAUUGACGUCAUUCCUGGCAGAUUAGAAAUCACUACUCAACACAUUUACUUCUAUGAUGGCAGCAUUGAAAAAGAAGAUGGAGUAGGCUUUGAUUUCAAGUGGCCUCAUUCUCAAGUUCGAGAGAUUCACCUACGACGGUACAACUUAAGGAGGUCAGCCCUUGAGAUUUUUCAUGUUGACCAAUCCAACUACUUUCUUAAUUUCAAAAAAGAGGUUAGAAACAAAGUAUAUAGCAGAUUGUUGUCACUUCAUUCUCCAAAUAGUUAUGGAACCAGAUCACCACAGGAAUUAUUCAAAACAUCGGGGUUAACACAGAAAUGGGUGAACAGAGAGAUAUCAAAUUUUGACUACCUCAUUCAAUUAAAUACAAUGGCAGGACGAACCUAUAAUGACCUUGCACAGUAUCCUGUGUUCCCCUGGAUUUUACAAGAUUAUACUUCAGAAGAGUUGGAUCUUAAUAACCCAUCUGUAUUUCGAGAUCUAUCCAAACCAAUUGGGGUGGUCAAUGAUAAAAAUGCCAAAGCCAUGCGAGAAAAGUAUGAAAAUUUUGAGGAUCCUAUGGGAACUAUUGAUAAGUUUCAUUAUGGUACUCACUAUUCAAAUUCUGCUGGAGUUAUGCAUUAUCUUAUUCGUACAGAACCAUUCACCACCCUCCAUAUCCAGCUUCAAAGUGGAAGGUUUGACUGUGCAGAUCGACAGUUCCAUUCCAUCCCUGCCACCUGGCAGGCUCUCAUGGACAAUCCAUAUGAUGUGAAGGAACUUAUUCCUGAAUUCUUCUAUUUCCCAGAGUUUUUGGAAAAUCAAAAUAAAUUUAACUUGGGUCGUCUACAAGUUUCAAAAGAAGUAGUAAAUGAUGUCAUUCUCCCCAAAUGGGCUAAGUCAGCUGAAGAUUUCAUCUAUAAACAUAGGAAAGCUCUGGAGUCUGAAUAUGUUUCUGCUCAUCUUCACGAAUGGAUAGAUCUGAUUUUUGGCUAUAAACAGAGGGGGCCAGCUGCAGUGGAGGCACUCAAUGUUUUCUAUUACUGUAGUUAUGAAGGAGCUGUAGAUCUGGAUGCCUUAACAGAUGAGAAGGAAAGAAAGGCCUUAGAAGGGAUGAUUAAUAAUUUUGGGCAAACACCUUGCCAACUGUUAAAGGAACCACACCCUUCCAGAUUGUCAGCAGAAGAAGCAGUGCAGAAGCAGACCAAAACAGACACCUCAACCCUAAACCUAUUUCAACACCUCCCUGAACUCAAGUCGUUUUUUAUAGAGGGAAUUAGUGAUGGUAUUCCACUAGUAAAGGCCAUUGUUCCCAAAAACCAGUCUCGUUCUUUUAUGUCACAAGGCAGUCCUGAGUUACUGAUAACCGUAAGCAUGAAUUAUGUUAUUGGAACCCAUGGAUGGCUGCCUUAUGACAGAACCAUUUCUAAUUACUUUACAUUCAUCAAGGAUCAAACUGUGACAAAUCCAAAAACUCAGCGUGUUAUGAAUGGUCCUUUUGCUCCAGGGCUGGAAAUCACUUCUAAGCUAUUUAUAGUAUCACAUGAUGCAAAGUUGCUUUUUAGUGCUGGACACUGGGAUAAUAGCAUUCAAGUGAUGUCCCUUACAAAAGGCAAAAUUAUUUCACAUCAUAUCAGACAUAUGGAUAUUGUGACUUGUUUAGCUACAGAUUACUGUGGAAUACAUUUGAUUUCUGGUUCCAGAGAUACUACAUGUAUGAUAUGGCAGAUAACACAACAGGGUGGUGUUCCUGUGGGCUUAGCAUCAAAACCCUUUCAGAUUCUGUAUGGACACACUGAUGAGGUCCUGAGUGUUGGCAUCAGCACUGAGCUAGACAUGGCAGUGUCAGGAUCAAGGGAUGGCACUGUGAUCAUACAUACCAUUCAGAAAGGUCAGUACAUGAGGACUUUACGGCCACCUUGUGAGAGUUCUCUGCUCCUGACCAUUCCCAGUUUGGCUAUAUCUUGGGAAGGACAUAUUGUCAUCUACUCCAGCAUUGAAGAAAGGACCACCCUCAAGGAUAAGAAUGCAUUGCAUUUGUUUUCUGUAAAUGGCAAGUAUCUAGGAUCUCAAGUCCUGAAGGAACAAGUAUCAGAUAUGUGUAUAAUUGGAGAACACAUUGUUACAGGCAGCUUACAAGGGUUCCUGUCCAUAAGAGAUCUCCACAGUUUGAAUCUCAGCAUCAACCCAUUAGCCAUGCGAUUGCCUAUCCACUGUGUUUGUGUAACCAAAGAACAUAGCCAUAUCCUUGUAGGAUUAGAAGAUGGCAAAUUGAUUGUAGUGGGUGUUGGCAAGCCAGCUGAGAUGCGUUCAGGUCAGCUUUCUCGAAAAUUGUGGGGAUCUAGCAAGCGGCUCAGCCAGAUUUCAGCUGGAGAAACUGAAUAUAAUACUCAAGAUUCCAAAUGAUUGUUAUUUCUGUCUUCUGUCAUAGAAAACUGAACCUUGAUUUAUUGCUUUGUCACUUUAGCCACAUCUCUCAACUAUUUUAAAUGUUUCAGGGUUUUUAUCCCUGAAAAUCAUUUCGGGAUUACCAAAUUUGGUCCAGUAUGUGUAUUAAGACAUAGGUUAUAUUAUUAUCCACUUCAAAAAUUUCUGAUUAACAUCACCGAAUCUAAUCUUAUAAACUAAUUCUUGGUGUCCACUAAGAUGAAUUUGAAAAAAUACAUUUGAUUUGACUUAGUGGUUUAUUCCUAAAGAUCCAUUUUUAAAAACAAACUUCUAAAACUAAAGAAAUUAGAUUGACAAAAUUUGAAGUAUUUCUAAUAAAAUAAUAGAGACACAAUGGGACAGUUGAGAGACAUGGCUUUUUAAUACAUUCUUUAGUUAAUCAUUUUCCUAUUUCUGACCACCAUAUUUAAAAAUACAUCAGUUUAUUUGUGGAACUUCUGAUUGGAGGUAAUAUUUUAAAGGCAUCUGUUGCAUACUAGAUUUUCAAAAUUCAGAGUAUAAAUUCCAGGUUUUUAUAAUAAGUUGAAAAUAACUUUUGAAAGGGUGUAUUGGCUUAUCCCACUACUACUUAGCAUAUUCAUGAGAAUUUACUGCAAUGCAUUAUUAUCCUUAAGUAAUAAAGGUUGAAUAGGAAUGAGAGGUAUAUUUUGCAGAUAUAUUUCAUUAUUAGUAUAGUUAAGGAAAAAUGCUGACUAUGAUUUUUGACAAUUGGGUCCUUUAAAUAGCAUCUACAGCUCAGUUUAUAUCUGCAGAGUUUGAAAUUUCUGGGCUUUUUCUUUAUUAAGCAAACACUGUGUUUUCUCCCAGUAAUUAUUGAAGUUAGCAAUGACACCCAAAUAUACUACAUUUUUACCUAUUUCAUGUGAUUGAUGAAUGAAUUGAAAAGAUAUGCAUUAACUUAAACUAGUCAUUUAGAUGUAGUAAUUUUUUUAAAUACACAUUUCUGUUUCAUGUUAUGUAUAACUUUUAGGAUUAUAAUUUUAUUAUACAUAGUUAGAUGUUACAUUAUGCUUUACUAUUGAAGAUUUUAAAGUAAAAUGCUGAUAGAUUUAUUCUGGAAUUCAGAGAUUGCCAAACCUCGUGCUUUUAUAAAGUCAUCUUUUGAGUUAAGUCAGGAGCUUUUACAACUACGAGUGUCCUUAAUCUGAGAUUUCACAGGUUUGAGGGGAAUUUAUAGAUCCCCUAAAAUUGUGUGGAAAUUCUCUGUUUUAGCUGCAUUUUUUUCAGAAACGAGUGAUUGUAUGGGUCUGGGGGGGGGGAGCUUUUUACCAUAAUACCUUUAAAAAAUAAUAAUGAUCUUUUUUAUUCCACAAAUUAUAGAUUUCCUUAUAUCCAGUUGUCUUCUCAAUUGAAUCUCUGAGAAAUUUUUCCUUUGCAAUUCUCUCCUUUUGCCCACAGUUUUUAGUAUCCUUUCUUUAUAAUCCUAUGAGUCAGUAAAAAAUUUAAGAGAAGUGAAGUAUUCUGUUUAGAGCAACUUUUGAUAGACCUGACCUGCUUGAGUCAAGACCAAAAAAGGCUGUAGAAGAGUUUUUAGUUAUUUAAAAUCUCCUGGGGUUUUGGUGUUUUUUUUUUUUUUUUUUGGUGGUUUUUUGUUUUUGUUUUUUUUUUUGGCAUAAAACAGUUGUGUUUUACGUAAAUUAUGCUGAAAUAAACUGAAGCGGUAAGUGUAAAAUAGAAUGUAUGUAGAUGUGAGGGACUCAGAUAUGUCUUUGAGGACUUCAGAAAUUAGUGGUGAAAAUGUCUCAGAACACUAGAGAAAAUUAUAAUUUAUUGAGAUUUAUUUCUUCUGUUAGUUUAUUUCAUUCUGUUUUCAUUUUUUGAUCUUACGUAUUUUAGGUUUCAAAUUCAACAGAACCAAAAUGAUUGAUUUUUGAUAUUUUAAAUGUUGAUUUUUAAAAAUCUGUUUUUAAAUCAAAACUUUGGAAAUAUUUCUUUUGCCUAUUUAUCUAGAGAUUUUGGCAUAAGGAUGUGUUUGUUUUUAAGGUCACUUAAUAUUGGUUCUGGAAGUUAUUUUGGAUGCUUAUAAGUUACAAAAAAGUUUAACCUAGAUUAUUGGGGGAAAUUCCUAAACUUUUUGCAUUUUACUUUGCCACUGUUUAGGUGAAGGAACUAAACAAGCAGUAUUCAUUUUAUAGCACAAAUAGGAAAAAGCUUUAUUCAUAGUAAAAUACAUAUCCUAAGUAGAGUAAUAGUAAAUGUUCAGAGCAGUAGAAUUAAUCCUUACAUUUUCUAAAAAGUGAAAAUCAAAAAUUUAAGAGUUUGAGGGAAAUCUUGGAGAAUGCUAGCAACAGUAUAGAAGAGUGGAACUUAAAGUUUAUUAAAUAAGUAAACAUAGUAGCAUUGGCUGAAUAAUAUAUUCUUCUUUUAAACAGUUUAGCCCACUGAAUUAAAAAUCACUAGAUAAAGGAGUUCCCUGGUAGUUCAGUGAGUUAAAGAUCCAGUGCUGUCACUGCUAUGGCAUGGGUUUGAUCUCUGGCCUGGGAACUUCUGUGUGCUAUGUGCACAGCCAAAAAAAAAAGGUCACUAGAUAAAAUCACUGGAAAAAUAUACUUUGGAGGAUUCUGGUGUAUUCAGAUGUUAUCUAUAGAAAUUAUUUUAAUAUUGUAUAAUGGGAGAAAUGAAUGGUAUCAUUAGAGUACAGUAACAGGUCGACAUUUCAGUUGAUGAAUAUAAUAUCUCAACUUGGCUGUUAUAUAAAAUGCUUUGUCUGAAAUACUCUUCAUCUGUUUUUGUUCCUUGACACUGGCGAUGGAAAUAAAAAUCUAGCAUCCUAAAUGAGAAAUUUAUACUAAGAUAAUGACUUUAUAAAGUGAGGUCAAAUAUUAAAACAUAUAGCAGAUGUACUCACUUAGAGAAUAAAGAGGCUUUGUAAGAGUUUCGUUCACCUCUCCCCAGUCAGUAUUGUCAUUACUUUAUUUAGAUGAAAUUGGAGGAGAGGAGAAAAAAAAUAGAGCAGGGUAUGAAUAAAGCUUGGGCAGUUGGUUUAAAGUCUUUUAAGCCUGUGAAGCUCAUGUCAUCUAUGAAUAAAUUUUUAUUAAUUUCCUUUAGGUCACAGUGCUUUUUUAGGUCACAUCCUUUUGUAAGAGAGAAAAUGCCUCAUAUUCACUUGUUAUUAACAAGAAACAUCAGUGAGGCUUCCUUUUUUCUCUAUGUAAGGCAUAUAAAAAUUAUCCUUAAAGAACUAUUAUUGAAAGUCAGUUUUAUGCUUCUGAAGGAGUAAGUGUGCCCUCAUAAUUAAUUAGAAUUUAGAUUUGAAAGUUGUCAUAACCAAGAUGUGUAUUUUCUUGAAUAGAAGUAGACAGAGGAAAUUGUUAACUUGAAUACCCUAUUUUUAUUUAAUGACGACACAUGGCCUUUGCCUUUAAGUAUAUUUUAUAUUGUUAUUACCAAAGAAAUAGUAAUGGAAAUCUUUUAAAUGAAUUUAAAAAGGUUAGCUCCUUUUGUAUAUUUAUAUUUAUAAAGUGAAUAGCACUGUCUUUAUCACUUUUCCAAUGAAAAGAUGCAAGUGCAUGGACUAUAUUAAAUAUAAAUAUUAUAAAUAUUAAAUAAUAUCAUAUGUAAUAUGCGAGGUUGUGUAUGUGUGAAGGUUGGUCACUUUAAAUACAUCAUUAAACUUGUCUUCCAUAAAUAAGUUCUUAAACCUGUCUUCAGGGUAUAGUUUUUGACUGAUACAAGAAAUGAAAUACAUUUUUUUUCCCCCUAAAUCUAAUCUGUUAUUUUCUUUUAUCAGAUAGACUCUUAGUUUGUCCUAAUUACUGUUCUUCUCAUCAACUAAAACUGUUCUUCCUAGUAAGUGACCAGUUUUAAACAUUUCUGUCACUCUAAACAAAUACCAUUCUUAAUAUUCUUUUUGCCUAAUUCAUUUAUCAUAUGUAUAUUGGAUUUGCUUUAAACUUGAUCAUCCAGAGCAUUGUUCUUGAGAGUUUCUAUGUAAGAGCCCUCCUGCUUUUUCUGAAACAUUAGGCAACAAUAUUGUACUUUCAAUCAUCAUUUCAAUAUUAUUAAAAAUUGGCCACAACUUCUUGAAUUUGAAUCUAGCAUUUUAUAGGUCAUUGUUUCCUAAUUGAGAUUGUAGUUCAGACAUCUUUGUGAAGUUGUAUAAUUAUACAAAUGUUUAGGCAUUACUCUGGACUUGCUGAAUCUCUUCAUUUGAUAUUCUUGGUAUAAUAUUAUGUCUCAGGGUUAUUAAAUCUUAAAAUAUUUUCAGUUAUAGAAAUUAUGUCCAUUAUAUUUAUAAAUCAGAUUUAAUAUUCACAAGCUUAUUUGAAAAUAGAUUUAGGUGUUCCCAUUGUGGCACAGCAGAAAUUAAUCCGACUAGUAUCCAUGAGGACGUGGGUUCAAUCUCUGGCCUCACUCAGUGGGUCUGGGAUCCAGCAUUGCUCUGAGCUGUGGUGUAGGUCGUAGAUACAGCUCUGAUCCUGCAUUGCUGUGGUCAGCAGAUGCAGCUCUCUUUUGAUCCCUACCCUGGGAACCUCCACAUGCCGCAGGUGCAGACCUCAAAAGCCAAAAAAAAAAGAUAGAUUUAAUCAUUAUCCUUGGCAACAUUUUGUCUAAAAUUUGCUUGCAAUGUCUUUCUUUGUUUUGCAUGCCAUAGAAACAAUCAGAUUUCCAUUUCAGUUUGCAUUAUUCUUAUAAACCCUCUCAUACCUUUCACAUUUGAAAAUUAUAACUAAUAUUUGCUUCCAAAAAAGUGUUUGUUUGCUUGUAUUAGUUUCUAGUGGCUAUCAGUGAAUAUUUUGCUUACCUGAAUUAGGUUAACAUUUUAAAGUAUUAAUAGAAAAACAGGAGUUACGAAAUGCUGGAUUUAAGAGUUCCCAUCGUGGCUCAGAGGUAAUGAACCCGACUAGCAUCCAUGAGGAUGAGGGUUCCAUCCCUGGCCUCACUCAGUGGGUCAGGGAUCUGAGCUGUGGUGUGGGUCACAGACAUGGCUCGGAUCUGGCGUUGUUGCGGCUGUGGUGUAGGCCAGCAGCUGCAGCUCAAAUUCCACCCCUAGCCUGGAAACUUCUGUGUACCUCGGGUGUGGCCCUAAAAACAAACAAAAAAACAAUUUUCUAUGUUAAAAAUAUAAGACCAUUCUAGAUUAUAGAAGUUAAAUGAUUUUCUUUAAUGUAAGAACCUUGUGUAAAAUGACUCUUAUCAGGUACUUUCUGUAGAAUGUAGUAAUUCAUCAAACACAUCUUAGAUUGACAUCUGUCACAUGUGGGUUAUUUCUAAACACAUUGUAGGAUUUGGGGCUAUGAACAUGAUGGCUUUAGUGAAAAAUAAAAGGGCAGAGGUAAAACUGAAUUUAUUUUUGUUUUAAUGCCUUUAAUCUUAUGAACUUAAAAUUCAAAGAAAAAGAACAAGUAGGAAGUCACUAAUUCAACAUUUGUUUUCCAUUGUUUAGUUUUAAAAUGUUUCCUUGGAAACUUAUUUUGCAAAUAUUACCAUAAUAAUAAUACAGUAUUGUCAUUGAAAAAAAUUAUCCAUUCAUUUUUCCAGGUUUACUACUACUGGAGUUUGGGAUGUGUGUGUGUGUGUGUGUGUGUGUUUUCACUUGUACUAUGAUGGCUGCCUCGUUAUAUAAAGUUUAUAAUUAUUUUUGAGCAUAUAAAUUAUUUAGCUACUUAAAAUACUAUUACAGUGUAGUAAUUUGAGAAUAAGAAAGCAAGUUAGGAUUUAUGUGGGAAUGAAAAAUAAAAUCAUAUGUUAUUGACUAAAAUAUAAACUUUAAAAAAAUUUUUUUUAAUUUUUAAAAAAUAGGAAAAAAGUCUUAUUCCAAUUGGACCUUCUAAAAUUUUAUUUUGGUAAUAAAUAAAAAGUGAAAACACACAAACAUUCCAAACUCCAGUAGUAAUACAGUAAUACAACUUACGGUUAUUAAAACUGGAGGUUGUCUGGUAGCCAGUGUACUAAAUUAAUGUCAAAAUGCUAUUUUUGAUGUUCUGUGUCUUGGAAAUAUUUUCCCACAAUAUGUAAGCAACUUAUCUUAAGAUUUAUUGGGCCCAACCUACAAAUUCAACAAAUACUCCUCUUCAUUUUGAAGGGAAAAAACUUAUCUCUGAUAAACAUAUUAUUUUGCUUUUCAGAAUACUAAAAUUAUAUUAAUAACACUUUAGAAAGUAGUUCUGAUAGAGAGAUGUCAGUUAUCAGACUUAACUGAAAAUUUCAACCUCUUAGUUUAUUAUAUAGGGAUUAAAGAGAAUAAAUUUAUUUAUAUUCCUUUGGGAUUUUGAUCAUUUUGGGGGGUAACUUUCAAAGUAUUAUAAUACUUUCUACAUUUCUUCCAAAAUUAUGGCAUAUUGAAGUACAUCUUACUGUUAAAGAUCUUUUAUAUUUUUGACUUUUUUCCUGUUACGGUUUUUACUGUCCUCUCUGAUUCAUGAAUUUUAGCAGCAAAAGUUUUUUUAUGGCUCUUUUAGUUUUACAGAAAACCUUGUGGCUUAUCUCUUCUCUUCAGAUACUCCUAACAAGUACGACUUUCUUUCCCCCAACUGUUUGCUAUCAUAGACUUGGAGCAAAUCAUUUAGCAGAAAAUAAUCAGCGAUCUAACCAGUCGUUAUCUGUCAGAUGCAUUGCUGUGGAAGGGAAUUCAUUAAGACAGCAAAACAUUGACACAUUUGUUGUCUCUUCUGUCAGAUUUUCCGGGACCCAGUUUAAAUAGAAUUUCAUUGUUAUCAUAGAGAUGACAGUGACUUGAAUGCAUAUAUAUGCACAUAGUAAAUUUAGAGGAGGAUACAGGAAAAUUCGGAGUUGUUGAAAACUUGCAAAUCAUGCUGCUACUUAAAUAUUUAAGGAAAUCAAAAAGUUGUGUAAUCAUAAAAUGUUCCUUCUCAUUUGUUUUACUGGAAUUGACCGUAAAAAAAGAGACUAUUAAGCCUUAUUUAUAUCUAAUUACUGACUGUGCAAACUGUGACUCAAUGAAUAUUUAUAUGCCAAAGAAAAGGUUUUAAAGAUCAGAAAGUUUUAGACUUAAUAAAGAUGUGUAAAUAAUUUUGAUUAGUAUUCUCAUUACAAUGAGGUUACUGUUAAUUUGGUGCAAUAUGUUCUUCCCUUUCUAAUCCUUUUAAAAUUAAAUGUUUAAGGUGUAUGUUUUGUUUCAUUGAAUGCUAUUUUAAAAUUUUUCAUUGUGUGUAUAUGAGUUUAUGUUUGAUUUGUUUCUGUAUAGCAUGAUUGAAGAUAAUUGAAAAUUUUGCACUUUUUUUAGUCCUUUGGAAAUUUGUAUUCUAACAGUUUUUAAGAAUGUACAUUUAUUUUGUACAUAAUAAAUUAGCUUUGUAUAUGAAAAUGGAUUUAAAUCAAAUUAAAAAAUGAUGUUACUUUCUUCA